AUGGGUAACCAAGCACUUCAGAUCAAUGGCAUGACGAACACGGUCAAUACCAACAAUCAUAUAACGCGUCGCGGAAGUGACUGGUAUUUUACAGUCUGCGCUGUGAUGGCGGUUUCGACGCUGGUGUUCAUGGGUCUAUCCUUCAAAAAGACCCGCUCUCAACGCAUCUUUCAUUAUAUCACGGCUGCAAUUACCUUGGUAGCUGCAAUCGCGUACUUCAGUAUGGGCUCCAACCUGGGCUGGACUGCUAUCCAGGUCGAAUUCGAGCGCGGCGACCCCAAGGUAGCUGGGAACAUGCGCCAAAUCUUCUAUGUUCGCUACAUUGAUUGGUUCAUCACGACACCUCUCCUGCUUGCCGAUUUACUAUUGACCUGCGGUUUGCCGACGCCGACUAUUCUCUAUGUGAUCUUAGCCAAUGAGGUCAUGGUCGUGACUGGCCUCGUUGGUGCGCUGGUGAAGAGCUCUUAUAAAUGGGGCUUCUUCACCUUCGGUACCGUUGCAUUCCUGUUCGUGGCAUAUUCCGUUGUCAUCGAGGGCCGUGCAUAUGCCCGCAUCCAUGGUGCCGACAUUCAGAAAAUCUACACUCUUUGCGGUGUCUGGACCAUUUUCUUGUGGUUCUUGUACCCUAUUGCCUGGGGUCUGUCUGAAGGCGGCAAUGUUAUUCCUUCCGACAGUGAGGCUAUCUUCUAUGGGGUUUUGGAUCUUCUUGCUAAGCCUGGUUUCGGUGCUCUCCUUCUGUGGGGUCAUCGCAACAUCGAGGUCGAGCGACUGGGAAUUUCCAUUAGAGACCCUAAGUCGAGCUUUAGCCACCGUACAGAGAAGGCUUCUCACCCUGACACCUACAUCGACAACGUCAAUCACCAAGACGCUGAUGCCGUUCAGCCAGCGCCCGCGUGAAAUGGGAGCCACUGGCCAAGGACAAGGUAGAGACGGGUCCGUUGAUGGAACGUCCUAGUCGGCGGCCCAGCCCAUCUAUGCUUACGGAGGACAAAACGACAUGCU